AAUAAACUCAUCAAUGGAUAUAUUUUAAGAAGAUGGCCUAGAUCUACUGUUUGAUGAAAACAUAUUUUUUUAUGGUUUUUAAGAUUUUGAGAUAGAAUCUGAUUUAUAAAAUUCUUCAGAGAUGAUGUAAAAUGUAUUAGAUUUUGAGAUAGAAUCUGAUUUAUAAAAUUCUUCAGAGAUGAUGUAAAAUGUAUAAGAAUUAUAAUUUAAAUAGGAAUUCAUAGAUGUAGUUAGAGUUUAAAAUUUCGAAGAAAUGAAAGUAUUUAUUGAUGAAUUAAUUUGUCCAAUUUGUUCUCAUUUAUUCGUUGAUCCAAGAAUAUGUUAAGAGUGUAGUCAAGGAUUUUGUAAAUAAUGUCUUUUAAAAUGGUAACUAAAAUUGAUUGAAAAUAAUAUUAGGUUUUAGGGAAAUAAAAAGAGUUGCCCAUGUUGUAGAUCAUUAUCUAAUUAGAAAAGUGAUGGAACUUAACCUCCAAAAAUAUUGUUAAAAUUGCUGAGUAAAUUGAAAAUAAGUUGUAAAUACUAAGUAAUAAUUUAAAUGAACUUAUUAAUAGGAUAAUGGAUGUAAAGAAGUGAUAAGUUAUGAUAAUAGAGAAAUCCAUUUUGAAAGUAAAUGUGAAUAUAAAUUAAUUAAUUGCAAAUAUUGUCUUUGCAAAAUACUUUAAAGAGAUAGUUAAACUCAUGUAAAUUUUUAUAUAAUUUUAUUUAAGUUAUCAGAAUGUGAAUAAAGACCAAUAAAAUGUAUGUGGUGUUCAAAAAUAUUUUCUUAUUUUGAUCAUUUAAAUCAUUCUGACAAAUGUCCUUCCAGAAUUUUCAAAUGUACAUAGUGUUUAAAAAAUAUUCCAUAUUCUAAGAUAAAUAUUCAUACUCAAAAUUAUUGUUAAAAUAAAUAAAUAAAGAAAUAAAAGAAAGAAUAUUUAGAAAGUAAAUUAGAAAUUGAAAAAGUAAAAGCAGAACUGUUAAGAAAAAUGAAGAAAAUAAAAAAAUUAGAAAGAUUAAUAAAAAGAUAGAAAUAGAUGAAUUAAGAAUAUUUAAAUGAACAAAAUUUAAAUAAUGAUUCUAUAAAUAGUAAUGUAGAUAUCCUUUAAUUAGAAACGUAAAAUUGGUUAGAUGAAAAUCAAUUUGUUAAUUAAUAAGGUUUAUAAUUGGUGAAUUAAAAUGAAGAUUAUUAAGAUAAUUCAGAUUCUAGAUUGCAUUAAUAAAAAAAUUAAUUAAAGAAGAAAUAAGUAGUGGAUAAAGAUGAGAAUAAAAUAAUUACAAAUUAAGAAUAAAAAUUAUCUGAUUAUUGA